UCUCUUCACUUCUCAGCCCCACUCCAGCCCAGACACCACCAUGACCGGCUCCUGCUGUGGAUCCUUCUCCUCCCUGAGCUGUGGAGGAGGCUGCUGCCAGCCCUGCUGCUGCAGGGACCCCUGCUGCUGCCGCCCAGUGUCCUGCCAGACCACAGUGUGUCGCCCUGUGACCUGCGUGCCCCACUGCACCAGGCCCAUCUGUGAGCCCUGCCGCCGCCCCAUCUGCUGUGACCCCUGCAGCCUGCAGCAGGGCUGCUGUCGCCCCAUCACCUGCUGCCCCACCUCUUGCACAGCUGUGGUCUGCAGGCCCUGCUGCUGGGCCUCCACCUGCUGCCAGCCCAUCUCAGUGCAGGCUCCCUGCUGCAGGCCCCCCUGCUGCCAGCCUGCUCCCUGUCGCACCACCUGCAGGACUUCCCCUUGCAACACCUGCUGCUGAGCAGUGAGCUGAGCACCCAGGGCAAGAGCCAUCCUUCAGAAAACAGUGGUGUUCCAGUUUCUCUGUGUGAACUCCUCCUCUGAGCCACUGAUACCCUAAGUCAACCAACUUGUGCACAUCUUUAUAGCUGUCUGUGUCCUUCUUUCUAUCUUAGGUCUAAAGUUUUGAAACAUAUUUAUCUUUAAAUAAAUUUCUCUUCU